CAAUAAAAUAUAAAUAAAUAAACAAAAUAGAAGAAUCUGGUGAAGUUCCUUCAAGUAAACGCAUUUAAAUUUGUUUUAUUUUUUAUGGUUUAUUGGUUUAAGUUAGGAUAGAGAUUCGAUUCAAGUACUUUGAAGCUAAGGAUAAGCACCUUCUCAUACAACACUGUCCACUCUCCAAAGUAACCUCAUUUUUUUUCCUUGAAAAAAAAAAACGAUUUUCCUAGAGAAUUUUAUCUUUAAACAAGCUGAUAGAUGAUGAAUAUUGAUCAAGAAGCAGGUAGUAUCGUUAGAGAAAUCAAACCAAAAAGCAGACGAAUCAUGGGAGGAGGAGGACCAGAAGAUGAUUACGAUGAAGAUAUGAAGUGGCCGCCAUGGCUGAUUCCACUGCUUCGAACAAGAUUUUUUGGUCAGUGCAAGCUCCACGCAGAUGCUCACAAGAGUGAAUGCAAUAUGUAUUGCUUGGAUUGCAUGAACGGUGCUCUUUGUUCCCUUUGCCUUGCUUAUCACAAAGACCAUGCAGUUAUUCAGAUAAGGAGAUCAUCUUACCAUGAUGUGAUAAGAGUGUCGGAGAUUCAGAAACUGAUAGAUAUUUCAGGGAUUCAGACAUACAUAAUAAACAGUGCUCGGAUAGUGUUCUUGAACGAAAGACCACAGCCUAGGCUUGGCAAAGGCGUCACCAAUACCUGCCAAGUCUGCCACCGCAGCCUCCUUGAUUCCUUCACCUUCUGUUCUCUCGGUUGCAAGUUUCAGGUAUUUGGAACAUCCAGGAAGAGGAAGAAAAUGUACAAAGCAGCAGACGAGUCGGAGGGGGAGUCGGUGAAUAUAACAAGUGUUAGCAGUGGGAGUUCAAAUUGCAACGAACAACAACAAAUCAGCUUUACUCCGUCAACAACUCAUCCGAAGGCCAGGCCUGCCAUGAGGAGGAAGGGGGUACCUCAUCGAGCUCCAAUGGGAGAUAUAAUUAUUGGAUACUAAUAUAUUAUAACAAAAGUUAUUAUACUAUUUCUUUUUUUGUUUUUCUUUUAAAUUUUAAUCUACUGAUAUAGGAAACAAUCUCCGUAUUUGAUA